AAGUCUAGCAUCACUUGUAGGAGGAUUUAUGUUAUGACAAUUCUUCCUCUUUUAAUAAACAGCAGAGCCUUUUUUUGUCUUUUCGCUUUUUUGAAAAUGGAAGUAGGUUACCAACUUGUGACCCUCAUUAUCUACACUGUCUGCAACACAGGGUCCAGUGCUGCGAUCUCUGUGUUUGUGGAGACAGGAAGUUCUGUUACACUGGAUAUACAGGCACAUGAACUAACAAAGAUUGGUGCCUUAUCCUGGAAAAAUGAAAAAUUAGUACAAAUAGUUACAUAUUUCAGAGAAUAUAAAGAUUUAACACUUGACAGCUCCUAUAAGGGCAGAGUGGAUUUCAAUAAUAAAACAUUCUCUCUAACACUGAAGAACAUGCAGAAGACAGACAGUGGAGUCUACAUGGCAACAACACUUGGAGAGCAAAGCAGAAAAAUUUCUGAAUUUAAAGUAUCUGUUAUAGAUGCUGUGGAGGUUCCUAUCCUGAAAGUUGUCUCAAACUGGUCCAGGAGUGACUCUUGUACUGUGAACUUCAUCUGUACAGGUCAUGAUCUCAUACUUAACUCUACCUAUCAAAACAACAGAUGCUCUCCAGAGAAUGUGACACCAUAUGAAAACUACAAUCUCAUCCUGAACUGCAGUAAGGAAUCCAUCAUCUGUAACCAUAGCAACCCUGUUAGCUGGAAAACGGAUAUAAAAAACAUUAAAAAUCUCUGUGAAGAGAACUACGAAGAACAAUUCUCGGCUGUCACAGUUAAUGACCUUUUGAGCUAUAUUUUGGUGCCACUGUGUGUUAUUGCAGUAUUAUUCAUUUUGGGCUUUCUCUUCAGGAAGCAUAAAAAAGGUGCCCAACAGAGAAGUAAUACAGUCUAUGCAGAUGUUGAGCCUCAACAAAUGCAAACCAGGAAGAGUGAAUGGCAUCCAUAUGAUCACCUUCCAGAACGGAUGCAAGAAGAAAAUGGAGAUAAUCGACCCAGCACAACUUACUGCACAGUAGGACAACACCAAAAACUUUCAGCCCCCACUGAAACAGACCAUACUAUUUAUUCAAUGGUGUGCAAACAACCAACCAGGAAAACACCAGGGAUUUCAUCCAAUGACACCUCAAAUCAAAAUGGAGACUGAGACUAGUUGUCACAAGGCCAUCUGUUAAAUUGGAGAAAUUAUUUGUUUUAUCUAACAGUGGUUUUGUAUGUUGGUUUAAAAAAACAGUGAAUUCAAUCCUGAAUUAAACACAGAAUAAACAGUAAUUGAUUUUCAAAAAUAACCCCACUGUGAAAAAUAUGAAUUAGAAGUAAAAAGUGUGACAACUAGCCAUGGUCUCUGCAAUACCAAAAACAACCGUUCAAAUCAACAGAAGCUGUGUAAAUCAGAAAUGCAGAGGUGUUUGUUUUUUUGUUGUUGUUUUUUUUAAUACUUCUUUUGGAGAUUAUAGUAUAGCAUAUACUGUAGAUAGUGUUGACCUCCUUCCAUCACUUACAGUACUUAUUACAUUUACCAACAAGCAUGAAUUUUGAGCAUGCAGUGCAAAGACACAUCGAGUAUUAGUCUUGCUAACAGUAUACCUUGGUCAGUAUUUAGUCUUUUUAAGGAGCUUUGAGUGUUGAUUACUAAAUGCAGAUCUACUGUAGUUUGUCUAUUUUUAUGCAAGGGUGCAACUACCCAUCUAUGGGGAUAUAUGCAAUGUAAGCAUUGACACUCACAGCAACCUUGAAUACUUUGCUGAGCUCCCUUAGCCAUGCCAGAAAAGCCCUGUUGGCACCCCCUUUUGUUUGGUGCACCUAUACAUUGCAUUUAUUGCAUACAAGUUUUUUUGUAUCAUGUAUGUGAGUUUUUCUUUCCUUUUCAGUCAUUUUUCUUGUUUAAGUUAAAGGGAUGGUUCACCCAAAAAUGAAAAUUCUUUCACUCACCCUCAUGUUGUUCUAAUGUCAAUUAUUUUAUUUCUUCUGUGGCACAUAAAGGCAGAUGUUAGUAAAUAAUGAAGAAUUAAUUUUUUUAGGUGAACAAACCCUUUACAUGAUUAUUUAUUACACCCCUGUUUAUUUUAUCAUCCUUUUUAAAUUGCACUCUUUUGUUGAUUCUUGUCUUAGACUUAUCUCUGUUAACUGCUCCAGCAAAGGCUGGUUCUCACCCUUUUAUGCUGCCUUCUCAUGCUUGUCAGAAGUCUUGAUCCUACUUCCGACUUCUGAAGUUGUUUUUAUGAGGAUGUCAUGUGCUUUGUGGUCAUAGAGACUAAGCCAGCUUGUUGACGAUAAUAUAAUUUUUGUCCAAUACAUGCCCUUUUCUCUGUGUAAAAAAUGUGCAAUAUACAGCAAACGGUUACAGACAGUUACACCUAAUUCUAAAUUGAACCAGGCUUUCCAAGACUGAAAAAGAAUGAACACAACAGUGUAGAAUUUAAAAGGGGUCAGUGAACAAAUUUCACACAGGCGUCUGUAAUUGCUUAAAGUCAAGAUAUAGUUCAGUGCUUAAAGAGACAGUUCACCCAAAAAUGAAAAUUCUGUCAUCAUUUGUGGCUCUUAACUCAUGUGAAUUUACUUCUUCUGUGGAACACAAAAGGAGGUGUACAGUAUAGGAAAAAACAUGCAAUGAAAUUGAAUGUUGGCUAACAUUCUGCCUAACAACUCCUUUUGUGUUGUUCAGAAGAAAUAAAGUCAAACAAGUUUAGAGCAACAUAAAGAUGAGUAAAUGAUGACUCUCUUUAAAUCAGAUUAAAUAGCCUCUGAGAGCACUUCCACAGAUAAUUCACAGACCAUCUGAUAUAUUUUGUACAUAAAAAUGAUAAGAACUUUCAAAAAACACAAACUUAAAUCUGAUUGGCUGUGUUCUAAGUCAUUUCCGUGAGUCAAAAUGCACAGAUUUCUAUCAGUAUGCUGAGAAACAAAAGUCAUGUUGAUAAGCUACCAGGUUUACAACAAGUGACUUGUUUCCAAAAAGAACUAGUCAGACGGUCUCUUCCUGUCUAAGUGGGAAAUUCUUGACCAAGGAAAGCUGCAAAGUGGACAACACUUUAUGUCGAUAUACAGUCAGAAGUCUGGCUCUGUAUAGUCUUGCAAAGCCAGACCUUUGAUGAAUAAACUAAAGUCUGGUCUACUUUGCAAAUGUGUUCUGUCCAGUAACAGUAAGCUUACAAAAAGGGACCAUAAAGUAUUUACAAAAGAUCAGAGAUAAUAUGAUUAAAUUGUUAUUAAGAUUGUUACUGUUAUUUUCACAAUGUGCUGUGCAGAGAACAUAUUGUAUAUUCUAUUUUGUAUUGAAUGUACUUUUAUUGUAUUCUAUUUUUCUAUAAUGGAUAUCAUAUAUAUAUAUAUAU